GUUGAAGAAUACGUAACUGGCGUAACGUUCACGAGCCAGGCUAGCGGUGAAGGGUUUUGUGGGUCAUGGGGGAGGAAGGUAAAUAAAAGCGGGGAGCUAAUAGCACUCAGCGACUGGUUUCGGACGGUUACUGGAAAAUUUGUUCGGACGGAGGUGUGAGAGCGGGACAAGAGGGGACAUACCGCCGGAGUGAGGGACUGUCGCUCGGAUACAGCAGCAGCUGUCGGCGGUGAGGUGAACAGUAUGCUUCCCUUCUAUUCAUGCUUCUUCGCUGGGUGCACACUACGGGAGUGAUCUCUGCACUGGCCCUACUGCAGCUAGCCAGCUAGCCACAGCUGAUAUUUUUUGAGUUCCGGACGGUCGUGAGCGUCCUCGGUUUCCCUUUAGGUUUCAUGAACAGCACGCUGGUUACAUAAAUAACACAGAGUAUCGCUUAUCGAGCUAAUGUUGCUGUUUGUAGCUGAAGCUGCAGUUAGCUCCGAGCAGCUCUAUUUUAUUACACAGUGCUCCCAGAAAGGUAACAAUGCAGGCAGGUGUGUUUAGUUGAUAUCUAUAACUAGUGGACUAUGUGUGACAAAAGCAACCUUCGCCUAUUCCUAUCGUCUCCGUGGAUUUGUAGUCAAUAAACAGGUGUCAUAAUGGCCCGUCUUUGGUAAUGUGUGUAUUAAUAUCUCUGUCUGAUCCUCUUACUUUGACCCUAAUCAUAAUACAGCAGCCAUUUGAAGCGGUGGCACUAAAGUAGCCUUUAAAUCUUCAGCCUAGACAGCAAGAACAACAGUCCACCUGUAAGGUGUUGUGUAAUAGUCACUGAAGAGUUUUUAGGUAGACGGUCACAUGCGAGAUUAGGAAGGGAAUUCAUUUUUAUGUUCCUCCUCUCCAGGGAGGUCAGCAUGUGUAAUUGAUCGGGGUCAUUGAAGUACAGCAGCAGAGUUUCAUACAUCUGGGACUACAUUUCAGAGUGAAACGGUGUCACGUUUGCAGGUGGUCUGAUUGGGUUUGCCUCAUCCUUGUGUUGCCAUGGCGAUGCGUGAGUUGGUGGAGGCAGAAUGCGGGGGAGCCAAUCCCCUCAUGAAGCUGACCAGUCACAUGACCAAGGAAGGGGGGCCAUGGCGGAACGCCACAGCACCUCCAAUUCAUCCCACUCCCAUUGAAAUUGCAACUGAGGAAGAUCUCGUUAAUGAGUUCCUUCAGGAAGCUCCACGCCCUCCACAGACCUUUGACAUGGGUCAGCUGCUGGAGGAAAUGCAGCAGAUUGACCAGCAGAGCUACAGACAAGCUCCACAGAGAGCUCCUGAUGUGGCAGCGCUGGCCCUCUCUGGUGACUGGGUGGAGGAGUUCCUCCAAGGCUCUGAUUCUGCCUCCGCCCCGGGGCUCAUCGCACUCGGCGAUGCCGCAGAUGCUGAUUGGACGAAAGAAUUUAUUGCCGAGGCAGCAGAUCCUGGCCGCUGGGCAGAAGAGUAUCUGGAGCAGUCUGAGGAGAAGUUGUGGCUGGGGGAUCUUGGAGACAAGGCAAAUGAAUGGACUAAGGAGUAUCAAGCAGAAGACGAGCUGAGGCAGACAGCCAAUGAGCUUGUCUCAAAGGUUGAUGACCCAAAGUUACAAAACACAGAGUUCCUGCGAUUCAUUAGGCAAAUUGGCGAGGGCACUGUGACAGUGGAGAGCAAGACAGACAAACAGCUCACAGAUAAAGCUCAGGCCGAGAAUGCUCAGAACUGGGCCUCCAACCUCAACCAGUUCCUGAUGAAGACGGGGGGAGGGAGUCUUCCCCUGGAACCCCCAGAGAUGAAUCAGAAGAUUGACAAAGUAAAAGCUAAACAAGCAGAGCAGUGGGCCAGAGUCGUCAGGCAGGUGUCAGAGGAGUCGGCUGAAGCCUGGGUAGAUGAGUUCGCUACAUCAGGACCUGAUUUUCAACAAGCGAAAGCCGCAGUGGAGAGUGAUGUGGAUUUCUGGGAGAAGCUGCAGCAGGAGUGGGAGGAGAUGGCGAAGAGAGAUGCAGAGAGUCAUCCCUGGCUGUCUGACUUCGAUCAGCUACUCAGCACUUCUUACGACAAGGGCUAUCAGUUUGAAGAGGAGAACCCCUACUUAUCACACCCGGACCCUUUGUCAGAGGGAUUGAAGAGGAUGGAGGCAGGGGACAUCCCUGGUGCCGUCCGGUUCUUUGAAAGUGCUGUGCAGAAGGAACCAGACAACCAGCUGGCUUGGCAAUAUCUGGGAACCUGUCAGGCAGAGAAUGAGCAAGAAUUUGCCGCCAUCAGCGCCCUCCGCAGGUGUAUAGAGCUGAAGAACGACAACCUGACUGCCCUCAUGGCGCUGGCUGUCAGUUUCACCAAUGAGUCACUGCACAGGCAGGCCUGUGAGACUCUAUGUGACUGGCUAAAGCACAAUCCAAAAUACCACUCUGUUUGGGAGCAGAGUGAGCACGAACGCUCCAAAGACAGCUCCAAAGAAAGGGAGAAGGACAGAGAGAGGUUCGGGUCAUUGCUGCCAGAGUCUUUGUUUACCGACGUCCAGUCCAUGUACCUGCAAGCAGCCAAUGUUGACCCUACCCAGGUGGACCCUCAGCUUCAGUGUGGUCUCGGCGUCCUCUUCAACCUCAGUGGAGAGUAUGACAAGGCGGUGGACUGUUUCAGCGCUGCUCUCUCCGUCACUCCACAGGACUAUCUGCUGUGGAAUAAGCUGGGUGCCACGCUAGCCAACGGAAGCCGCUCAGAAGAGGCUGUGGCCGCCUACAGGAGAGCACUGGAACUGCAGCCUGGCUUCAUACGCAGUCGCUAUAACUUGGGAAUCAGCUGUGUAAACUUAGGGGCACAUAGAGAGGCAGUGGAGCAUUUCCUUGAAGCUUUAUCUCUCCAGCGCCAGGCUAUAGAGGAUGGAGCGAGAGCGCCAAGGGGUCCCGGAGGAGCUGCGGCCACUAUGAUGUCCGACAAUAUCUGGUCCACCCUGCGCAUGGCUCUCAGCAUGAUGGGAGAGAGCUCCCUGUACGCCGCGGCCGACAGGCGAGACUUGGACACCUUGAUGGCUCAUUUCUGCCAGAGAGAGGUGGAUGGUGGGACUGAAUGAAAACCUGCCAGGAGAGGGCUCAUUGAGUGUGAAUGUUUUUUGCUGGGAGGUAAAUGUAUGAGUGACUGAAUGAAGCUGAUUGAAUGGAGGAAUGAAGGGGACAUGGUACAGCUAACGGUUAAAAGAAGAUGAUCGAGGAACACACUGUGAAGUGAUCAAAGUGCUCAUCAUCAUCAUCAUCAUGUGUACAUGUGUGUUUAAAAGUGUUGCCGUAUCAGGCUUCACCUGUAGAGAAGCAGGCAGCAGUAAUCCAGUCACGAACUGUUUCACACGUUCAGCAGUCACUGGAUUUCCUCCUUUGUUGAUCAAGAGAACCAGACUGAAUGAUUUUAACUUGAAAAUCUUUCUCAGAGAAGAAGAGAAACAAGAAUAAACAUGGUUUAAUCACUAAUCUGUUCACCAUCCAGCAAUGUUAGUUUGUGUUAAGACACUCAGUCCUCUCCCUGUCUUUAUUCACAGUUUGGUGGCCUCUGAGUUUAUUAUUACUGUGUUGAUGUUGUUCCUACAGCAUCUCGUUAACUUUGCUUCAGGACCACCAUUGCAACCGGACAAUCACAUUGUUGUAUUCGCUUUACAACUUGGGAACAAGAUGUACACAAGAGUCUGGUAGGGACAACGCUGUGGUUCAUGAAUGGGUGAAACAUAAGACUUUCACCCAGGAGACUGAGGCUUGUAGUCCUUGUUCAUUUGAGACUUAGUUGACUGCUUUUCAUUUUGAAAAGUAUUUACUUCAGUCACUUUGGUUAGGUGUAUAAAAUGAUCAUAUUAGAACUUAGUGAAGGCAAGCAUCUUUUUUUUCCCCUCCCCCCUCAGGUGCAAAGCUAAGCUAGUGUUUUGUACACUACAAACCCUGUUUUAUCAAUUCACAUGCCUCUUCAUACAAAGGACUGGAUGAGCCAGGGGUCUAACCAGGCCUUCCAAUUCGCAGACGACCCGCUCUACCUCCAGAGCUGCAACCAUCCCUGAUUGCAACGGUGUGAUUGAUCAGUGAUGGUCCUGAUGGUGGAACAACACAGCAAUUAUCAGAUGUGUGUACUCUCUGCGGUUAUGUAUAAUCAAGGUACAAGACCUCUGACAUUAAAGAGUGCUGCUUAUGAUCCAAGGUGCUCAGCAGGCGGAAGGAUUACAGAUUAUGCCAUUGUAAAGUAGAAAUACAAGUCAUAAGUGCUACAGCUCUUUUUGUUAUACUUUAUUUAAUUUUUUAGUAAUCAUUAUCAUGCCAGGAUAAUGAACUGAUAACCAGCGGGACUGUUACUCAAAUGAUAAGGUGUGUGUGUGUGUGUGUGUGUGUGUGUCUGUGUGUGUGUGUGGGGGUCGGGUGAGAGACAUUAUGUCAAUGAGAGUGGCUUUUCUGGGUUCCUGUGCUCUUUUUCAUAUUGCUCCUGUAAAACUACUUGCUUCACUGUAAAAUAAUGCUCUAUGCCAUACUGUGUAUUGUAACAUAAUUGAUGCACUAUAAUUGUUUUCAGGCUACUUAUAUCCUGACAGCAAUGUUUAAUAUAAUAUUCAGCAAUAAAAGCUUUGAUUCCA